UCAGUAAACUGACAAUUUAUUUUCUGUUUUCCUGUAAGUCUCCUGAGGAGGUGCUAUAUCCACAGCUAUAGUUUGAUUAAUAUGACUCAUGGGCCAUCCAGCAUGGAUCUGAGUGGAUUUGAAGGUCUGGGAGCUGGUGGAGGGCUUUGUCUGGAAUGGGAUGCUAGGAGCAUGUGAUUCCUACCAAGGGAUGAUGUCAGAUGGGGUUAUAUAUCUACAAAGGCUCUUUAAUGCCUGUUUGCUGAAUAGCUUUUCUUUGAGCUCUGCAGGACAGCUCUGAAUUCCCAUCUGAUACUAAAAAUUUAAUCAUAUGUAAAAGAAACUGUCAAUCUAUCACAGCAGACACGGAUUGAUGGUGGUUGCCUUUGUUGUAUUUAAAACAGCAUCUGCACACAACUGUACAUCUGGGAACCUGGAGCAUCAUUUUUAUAGGUACGUAUGAUAUUUUAUCUUCACAAGAAUGAUAUAUCAUAACCAAAACCUGAGCUGGAAAUUCUUUUUAUUUCUCCACAUUGUUCUACUAUAAAGUACUACUGUAAGGCUGCCCCGAACAUAAAGGUAUAACUUUUCACUCAAAGAAAACCCCACAAAUACAUGCCUUCUCCUCAGCUGCAGUUAGCCAUAUGUGUAUGCUUAAACUGAAAAGUGGCAUCUUCCAGCUGGUGGGUGGCCUGUGAUGAUGGAGCGUUACUUCUGUACUACCUUGUACUGCCUGCUGCUUCAAAGGUUAUUUUGAGCAAAAUUUUUUUGGCCUGAUAUGUAGGAAAAAUAGGGACAACACAUUAGCAAAAUAAUUCCUGUAUCAGUACAACCUGUCCCUCUGCAGAAAGGUUUUCUGAGUAAAGCUCCAGUGUUUUCUCUCCAGCAUGUACAUCUCUGCUUCCCUUACAAACCAUCAUGAAUGACACAUCCAUGUAAAAUCUUUAUUAUUCUGGAACAAAAAAUGUUUUGAAGAAAGCAGGUGAGCUUAAUCCGUAUACUUGGAAGUUUGGCCACCUCAGGUUGCUGUGCAUGUAAUAGAUCCAACCAAGUAAUGCCUUUUCUCCUCUGCUGCUCUCAUUGCAAGGCAAUUCCACAACUCUCUCCCUGUGAUGGUUACACAGCUUCUCAUUUAUUCAUGGCCAAUUUAGGCCAAUUUGUUUUAUUGGAAGCAUCAACCUUUACCAAUACAUUUAAGAGGGGAAAGAGUGCCUGAAACUAGACAGCAGUCAGAUUUUCCCCUUUGGUCUCAUUUAAACAAGUGAAAUCCUUUUAGUGUCCUGCCAUACUAUGGAUUAGCUGUACCUGUGGUCAUCCCUUGAGUCCUUUUCUGCAUCUCUUCAGGGCCAGGGAAUCGGUUUGGCCAGAACUGUACAGAAGGGAUCGCAUGUGAGUCUGGUACAAGGGUUUAUGUCUGCCUUCACUUCUAAUGUAGACCACAACUGCACUUUUCUUUUUGCACUGGUGACACAGGAUUGUCCUACUAAGGUCUUGUAUACUCAGGUCUCCUUCCUCUGUUCUUAUUAAAUAAGAUUGCAGAUUAGAUACUAAUUGAUUAUCUCUGUAUAAAUGUCUUUGUGCUUUUGGGCUGCUAGGUUUCACCAGAGCUUCACCAAGUCUGCUUGUGCUUUCCUAACGAUUUCUUUUUUCCCAGAGAAUUCAGAGUAGGCACUUCUGCAGAACCCUACCCACCCUGUGGUGGACCCUUUUCUCCUGGAUGCAUUUGUGACACUCUUUUCUUGAUCCUGAAAUUUCUGGCCAUUGAAGGAAGUUUUGCAUCUGGCAGAAGUAACAUUGAAGAACCUUUCAGCUGGCUCUUAAUGCCGUUACCUUCUGUGUGUGAGAGGCAAAUUGCUUAGACCUGCUGUGCUGCUCUCCUGCUCUUUCCCUCAGACAGGCUUCCGGUUUAUUUACACACAUAAAGGAAAUUUUAACAUAACCACUGUUAUUACAAAUUACUUUGUCCAGUAACAAAAUUCACCCCGCUGCUGCUUAUUGCCCUAACAUUGCUGGCUCCUGCUAUGUUUAACUCUUGGUCACUCGACAAGAGCAAGUUGCUCUUUCCCUCCCCUGGAGCUGCCCAUUCUAAAGAAUUUGCUGUGAAAGCACGGUCCCUUGCUUGUCCUAGAGGUCUCCAGAGGAAACAAUACCUUUGAACAUUAAAAAAAAAGUGAGAUAAAGACCUCUCUUUUCUCUUGGUCUGCACAGGAUAAAAAGAAGUAAAGAAUCAAAGAAAAGAAUCUGCUUUUCCUCACUGCAGGUCACUGCAAUCAGAUCUUUGAAUCACUGAUGCACUACAACGGCAGGGGCACCGGAUCAUUCUAUACAGGAGCUCUUUGGUUUUUCACUGCACAUUUAUAAAUUAAGGUGAUACUCUUGGGCCCAGAAUCCUUGUUAUCCUUUGUGCAAGAUAGAUAACUCCAAGGAACUUUUCCCUCUCCUGGUUAUGAUUAGUAUUUUCUUCUCAGUGCAGUAUGUUGAAUGGUCGCUACAGCAUUAAUGCUUCUUCUCUUCUGCAACUGUGUUCAAAAGUUGGGGCUCAGGUGAGAUGGAGGCAGUAUCUGCUGCUCUCCCCUAUUCACCCUCCCCCUUAAUGUCACUCUGAGAUGGGCUUUGAUGCUGCUCAGGACAUAUCCUGUCUGGGACCAAAGGCCAGUCAAAGCCAGGGUAAUAGUUAAGUAACAAAGCACUGAGUUUGCUGACUCUCCAAUAUAGCAAUCAAUAGUGACUUUUAUCAGGGACCUGCAUCUAUAAUCUCUCUAAUACCAAAUGCAGCCUGUGAGCUUGAGGCAGGCUGUCUGCGUUUCCUCUAUUUAAGAUGCUUUGCAAGUGCCUGUGACCAUACAAAAUGAAGUGAACCUAUGUCCUGUGCUGUGAUCUAGCCUGUGGCAAGUUCCCAGGCUUCUAAUCUCCAGGAAUAAGAAAGGACUGUGUGGCUGCACUGUGUCACUUCUGAAUAACUGCAUUGGGAAGAGCUGACAGUUAGCAAGUACAGCAUCAAAAUCGAUACAUGCAGGAUGGCACAGGUUAAAACGCAAGCAGAUGCUUCACAGCAUGCAUGUGUCUUUAUUGGUUAUAUAAUACCCCAAAACUCCAGAUGCUCUACCAGGUACAAUGAAGGCAGUUUUUCCCCAUACCCUAAUCAUGGAUGGAAGGCAGGGUGCAGGAAGGAACAAUCUGAUGCCAAUGUACCUUCCUGUGGGCAUUAGAAAAAACGGGUUCUUUUGGAGGACUGUUUGUAUUUCUGCAGGGAUGGAUGGUUUCAAGAGAGGAGCAAGGACCUAAGGAACCAGAAUAAAAAGCUCACAGUGGGAGUACUAAACAGCAGAUGAAUGGAGACUUAUGUGAGCUGUGUGACAUAUUCCUAUGUCCUUGUUCUAUGGCCAAGAAGGAGCUUGUACCAAAGAAGCAGGGCAGAGGCUGUGCUUGCCACAUCUCCAAGAUGUAGCAAGGCAUGGAGGCAGGCAGAAUUCUAUGUUCUAGCUUUGAUCAGCAAUGGCCCUUUAAGGCUGAGCAGGACGUGCAGCAUGGACACUGCCCAGCUGAGCCCAGCAGCCACGUGAACUGUGUGUGAUGGGCAGUGCUAGGCUGGCACAGAAAGAGCCUCCCAAUGGCAGAGGGAAUCUGAUAGAAAUUGUUGGCUCCCACCCUGUCUGCUCCCCUUUUCCUUGGGACAAAUGAGAAGAACCUGUCUCCCAGUGCAAGAUUUUGAGGGUACAUGUCAGAGUAAGAGAUGCCUGACAGUAAAACUUCCAGCUCGCCCUGAUUUCUGCCUGGGAUACUGCAAUGUCAAGUGAAAUAACCUUCCAAGCUGGCUCUAGUGCAGAGGUAUUUUGCUUUAUGCUAUUGCUAGGAGCUUUCUCUCUGAGCUCUCUCUGCUUCUCUGUGUUCCUGAUCUCUGGCUCUUUGCUCCUUUUUUUUUUUUCCUUGGGCUGGGAUGUGUGCUGUCUGCAAUGCAUCAGGAAGUAAUACACAAUGAGGAAACUCUCAUCAUCUGUGCAUCAGGGGGAGAUUUACUGACUGAGUGCUGAGCAGUCAAGUUAUUGAUUCAAACCAUAGCCCGGUCUCUCCGUCUGCCUCUUGGAGUGGCUGGUUACGUCCUUCUGGUUCACUGCAUUUAAUCGGAUUCCCUGAGCUGCCACGCAGAGGGGGAGAGUUAGAAUCAGAUUCAUCUAUGAUGUUUGCUUCAAAAUCCAGUUCUGUAUCCCCUUCUCCAUCCAUGGAGCAGACAGAUUCCGAUGCUCUGGACAUCAGCACCAAAGUGCAGCUUUACGGUGUGCUCUGGAAGAGACCCUUUGGGAGGCAAUCGGCCAAAUGGUCCAGGAGGUUCUUCAUCAUUAAGGAAAGUUUCCUCCUCUACUAUGCUGAGAGUGAGAAGAAGAGUUUUGAAAGCAAUAAAUACUUCAAUAUCCACCCCAAGGGUGUCAUACCAUUGGGAGGCUGCGUCGUGGAGCCCAAAGAAGAGCCCAACAUGCCUUAUGCCAUAAAGAUCUCUCAUGAAGACUUCCACGGUAACAUUGUUCUAGCAGCUGAAUCAGAGUUUGAGCAGGCUCAGUGGCUGGAGAUGCUACAGGAGUCUGGAAAAGUGACCUGGAAGAAUGCUCAGCUGGGAGAAGCUAUGAUUGAGAGCCUGGAAGCACAAGGACUGCAGCUUGCCAAGGAGAAGCAGGAAUACUUAGAUAAGCUAAUGGAAGAAACAGAAGAGCUGUGCCUGCAGAGGGAGCAAAAAGAGGAACUUGAGCGUCUGAACCAGGUGCUGGAAGCAGAGAAGCACCAGUUUGAAGAGGUGGUACGGGAGCUGCGGCUGGAGCAGGAACAGAUUAGACGGGAGCUAGAGCUCACAGCCCGCUCCCUUAAAGGAGUGGAGGAAGAAAAGAAAGUGUUGCGAAGCCUGACACAGUCCUUACAGAAAACUCUAGAGGAGCUAUCCCUAGAAAAGCAGCAAAUGCUGGAGAUGCUGGAAGAAAAUGAGAGCCAUCUCCCACCUCCAACCAGCCCCAGGAAGGAGCAAAACCCCAUCUGGGGACUGCAUUGCAGCCUGCAACAGAUUGAAGAGAAGAUGCAGCAACUUCUGGAGGAGAAGCUCUUGGCAGAGAAGAGGAUGAAGGAGAAUGAGGAGAGGUCCCGAGCACUGGAGGAGGAGCGGGAGUUUUACUCUUCCCAGUCACAAGCAUUACAGAACUCACUCACAGAGCUGACUGCAGAGAAGCAGCAGACAGAGAGAGACCUCAAGGCUGAGGUGAAGGUGCGCAUGGAUCUGGAGAAGAGACUGAGAGAAGCUGAGGAAGCAUUGCAGAGCUUGGAGCAAGGCUUAAAUUCCCUGGAUUGCAACAAGGAGAAAGAGGAGAAGAUGAAAGCAGAUGUCAGUAACUUGAGAAAGUUCUUUGAAGAGUGCAUCCGCAAUGCUGAGCUGGAGGCCAAGAUGCCUGUGAUCAUGAAGAACUCUGUGUACAUCCACAAGGCUGCCACUCGUCGCAUAAAAAGCUGCCGCUUCCACCGCCGGAGAGCCAGUGCUUCGUGGAAUGACUUGAAGCAAUCCCAGUCCUUCAUCUUCUCGCAUGCAGAAGCUGAAAACAUUGAGGAGCUGAAAGAAGCAGCCAAAAGACUGAGCCGGGACCAGCACUUCAGGGAAACUCUCUAUCAGAUCAUGAGGUCGCAAAAGGAUUCUGCUUCAGGGGAUGAAAAGUGACUCUUGCUGGGAGGGGUCUUCCUAUUUCAAUUUGCCAUUCAGCUCUGCAAAAGUUAUGCCAUUGGGCACUAGGGUCAGAGGGGAGGUUUGCCUCUUGGUGAGAAAAGUGGGGGAAAGUUGUGAGUAGGCAAUUCCCUCAGGUAGUGGCUUUGCUUUAGUUUGAAUGCUCCCUGUAGCCUGGCAGACCUCUGCUGGUCACUCCAGAUCUGUUUGCUUCAGCCGCUUAUGUUAAGCCAUGACUUGCCAAGACACCACGGUCGGUGUUAUACUGAACCACAGACUGUAGCUUAGGAAGUGCCUCUUCUUUCCUUUCCUGUCUAGUCUGUCUGCCAAACACAAGUGCUUCUGAGAAAGUCCUUUGUCAGCCAACGCUCCAACUAGUGUAACCUCCCCAGCCAGGCGCCGCUUACCCUGUUCUGCCUGAUCCCCCCUAGGAAAUGGCUCGCUGCACACCCCCAGUCAACCAGCACUUUGGUGAGGCACAUUUCCUGGCAAGUUUCCUGAAGACCGCAGCAGUCCCAGCCUCCCAAGCACAGGCAAUAAUAUCACACACAGGGCAGCCUCUUGAUGCUACACCCUUUCAAGCAAAUGGUUACAACACAAGGUGAAGACAACCUGAGGAUGCUGAGGAUUUCGCUCCGAGGAGGAUCAUGUGCAGAGAGUUUAUAGGUAACUCAGUGGCAUCAAUACAAGCUGGAGGGGUGUUGUGUUGUGUUGUGUUGACUGUGGGCAAAAUAUCCUGGGGCCACGUUUGCGCUUGUUUUGUACUGGGAUGUGUGGCUGUGUCACUGCUGGAAGGAGGAACAAAGGUAUGUGCUGCAGAAGGUGUUGUCUGUGGGCAGGUUCUGUGUGGAGGAGCCUUUGACCUGGCUCCGAUGACUUCCUCACCACCUCUGUAAAACAAGCUGGAGGACAGGUGCGUGAAAAGUGUCCAGCAACAAACCCCAUGACUGCUUGGAGAAUUAAUCAUUGUGAGCAGAGAGCUGUCAGGGCUAUGGAGGUGGGGAAAAUAAUCUCUGUGCUGCAGUGAAUAGCCUGUGUCCAAGACAUUGUACUGCUCUCUACCAGCCCUCUUGAUUGCAAUUUAGGCUAUCUUGGUCGAACUGGGAUCUCUGGCAAGCCAAGGCUGCACUGGGAGAGGAGCUGUGGGCAGCCUAUUCAGAGGUGGCCCUCUGGCUGGCCUGUGUUCUCCUUCUGAGUGAUCACUAUGUGGUUAUUGCAGGGAAGGAUUUGCCCUCAAUGUGGUGAUUAAGUAUGUUACAGGAGAGGGAUCACUUUGUGGUGGAAACCUUGCAGCCUCUCCCACCUAUUUUAAGCAAGCAGCUGACUAAUAACCCUUGCUGUAGUAACAGCACUGCCUGGUGCUUACAGAGCACUUGACAAGCACACUCAGAGUGAUGCUGUUAUCCCCAUGGUAUAAUUGGAAAACAAAGGAAUAAACAAUUCAAAUGUGAAUAAAGUUAGCAACAGAGGUACAGUUGGGACUCAAGGGGUCUUGUGUGCAGAUUUUCUGGGGCUUUCAGGGCUGUGCCGCUCAUCAGUAUUGCUGGGUAUUGCAUAUGUUCAGUAACACUGGUGUAGCUGCUUACCUCUCCCAUGCAGGCUGGGACACUGUCCAGUCCCAGGCUUUCUAUUCUGUCUGCCUAAGUUCUUUCCCUAAAGGUUCAGUGCUGUUUCUAGGGAGAAGUCAGAGAUAAGGCUGACAGGAGGGGAGCCCUGGCUUGCCAGCCAGAGGAGAAGCCUGAUGCUGUGUGGAGGAGCAUAUUGAGAGGAUGUGAUGCUCCUGGAGGGCAUCACUCUGGUGUGAUCAGAGGAAAAGCACUGAAAGCACAGCCUCUACUUUCCAUUUCAGGCAGUUAGUGACCAGUACCUUUCUGUGAGGCAAUGGGAGGUUUUAUACAAUCAGAGGGUCCAGCACUGAAAGCUGACGUUUUUGUGAUGGCAGGUAAUGUGAUAGGAAAAGAGGAUUUGCAUCCCUCCUUAGCAUACCUGAUGCUUCUGUGAUUUUUAGUUUGUUUGGUUUUUUUUUCCCACUCGUGCUUGCUUGUUAGAAAGCCACAAAUGAAUUCUUGCUCCUACAAGGCUUAAGGGCUCAGAGAAAGUAAUACAAAGCUGGUUUUCCCCUUUACACUGUCAUCACAUUAUCUCUGGCUGUUUUCCAGUUACAAGGUCUAUAUUAUGUGAUGCUGGAAGGGACAGAGAAAAGGACAGCCAGGGAGUGUAUCUGUUAUUCAGGCAGUUAGGAAAAUCACCCUGUGGCUUGUCAAUGCAGCACCAUUGAUCUAUUAUCAUCAAAAGCCACAAUAUCAGUCUUUACAAAACUAUUGUACUCAGGAGGUAGCCACAUCAGGUCUUCCUUUACUGUGCAUAUUGACAGCAAUAAAUAAAUAAAAGUUAUGCUGACACUA